AGCGGGGUCAUAUUAUUGUUGAUAGGUACAAUUUUUGGGUAAAUAAUUCUUCGGAAAUUCGAAAUAUGUGUCCACCUGGACAUGCAUAAAUAAAUAGUUCUGACAAAGAAGCCGUAUAGACAGUCGACAUGGCCUCCUGCUCGUACAAGGACAAGACCCUGAAGCUGAUCAAGUGCUUCUGCGGCUGCAGUGACAUGACCGUCUCUGAGGUUCGCAGGAUCUACACGUUGUCGAACAGUGUCCACGAGACCCUGCUGGAUGCGGAUGCCAGUCGGCUGCUGCACCGCUUCAUGGAGAGUCGGCGUUCCGGCGACAAGAACGAGGCGGAGCAGUACCUGGAGAUCUAUGAGAAGUGUGCCGAGCUGUUGCAGGAGGCUCAGCGCGCCUUCACCCAGGACGAGGUGGAUGAGCUCGUCGAUCUUGGUCUGCCCUACGAUCUGGAACAGGAUCUAAGCAGACGCAUGUUGAGCGGUCAGUGGACUGACAUCAAUCUCGGUCUUUAUCGCAUUCAGGGCAGAUGUCGCAACGAGAUCGAGAACAGCGCUGACUUCCGAGAUUUCAGAGACUCUAUCGCCGACAAGCUGCGUCGGGUGCCGAAAUGAUACAGCUCGCUGCAGCUGGUGCUUUUUGUGUUUAUUCUUCGACGCAUACCAAAGUCAAGUUGGUACCACAACCUCGCUACCGUCACAGUUCCCAGUGCCUUUGUGGCCUCCACAAAUUUCACCCAGCUCCUCAGGCCGCAGAUCAAUAGUCAUCGUACAACGAACAAAUGGAAACCGUCCGCCCUCAUCUCCCAGUGGCUUUCGAAACGUGCUAGAGCCCAUGCUCACGAAACAAUCGCAUUCUACUAAACCCUCAGAAACGUAACAGACAACUUUUUACUUAAAACAUAUACAUAGCUUUUUAUAUUUUAUGAUUAUUAACUUUGUUAUGCACUAGAAGUAAAAAAAUAUUUACAGUUCAGAAUUAAAAUGAUAUUACUUCA